CGGAGAAAUUAACCUUUUUUCAGUCCUCUGCCUAUAUAUACAUGGCUAAUGGUGUCAUGUUUAAGAACAUCACUCACUUUCCAAACCUCUUGUCUUCUUAUUUCGAAUUUGCAUACAAACAUGGCGGCUCAUGAUCGUCGUAAGUCCAACUUUCCCCCGAUCUUGUGGGGUGAUCAAUUCAUCAAUCACGUUUCUGACUCCAAGGUCAUAGAAAAAUACUCCAAGGCAGUUGAAGUGAUGAAAAAUGAUGUUCGAAGUCUGCUAACAGCUCCAGAAACAAAAAUGAUCGACACCAUGAAUGUAAUCGACACACUCGAGCGCCUUGGCGUUUCGUAUCACUUUGAAAACGAGAUCGAAGAAAGGUUGCAACACUUUUUCCAUCUCAAUACUAAUUAUGACGAUGAUGAAGCCUAUGAUUUGUACACCGUUGCUCUACAUUUUCGACUGUUCAGGCAGCAUGGACACCGUAUAUCUACUGAAAUAUUUGGUAAAUGGAUGGAUGAGAAGGGGAAUUUCAAAGAGAGCAUUAAGAGCGACGCGAAGGGUUUGCUGAGUUUGUAUGAAGCUUCAUAUCUUCGAACGAAUGGAGAAACCAUACUAGACGACGCACUAGCUUUUACUACGGCCACCCUCAAAUCAAUGGUGCCAAACCUCAGAUCACCCCUCAAGAAGCAAGUUGAGCAUGCCCUAGUGCAGCCCUUGCACUUGGGGAUUCCUAGAGUUGAAGCACGCAUUUACAUCGCAGUGUAUGAAGAAGAAGAGAACAAAAAUGAAACCCUAAUCAAGUUUGCCAAAUUAGACUUUAACCUAUUGCAAAUGCUGCACAAAGAGGAGCUCCAGCAAGUUUCAAGGUGGUGGAAAGAAUUAGGGCUUAUCUCCAAACUUCCUUAUGCAAGAGAUAGGAUAGUAGAGUGUUACUUUUGGGCUAUGGCAGUGCACCAUGAGCCACAGUAUUCUCAUUCCCGUACCGGUCUCACCAAGGCCAUUGUGAUGUCAUCUGUAUUAGACGACACGUACGAUGCUUAUGGUACGAUCGAUGUACUUGAGGUUUUCACCGAGGCAAUACAGAGGUGGGAUGAUGGAGAAAUCCCUCGACUCCCCGAGUACAUGAGACCUCUCUAUAAAGCUAUCUUGGAACUCUACAUUCCAUUUGAUGAAGAAUUGGCCAAGGAAGGACGAUCCUACGCAUCACACUACGUCAUAGAAGGACUAAAGGAAUUGGCAAGGGGCUACUUUGAAGAGGCGAAGUGGUUCUUAGAGGGAUCUAUUCGAAAGGAAGACUUCGAGUGGCUAAGCGAGAAGCCUAAAAUAUAUGUUGCCACACUCAUAAAAGGUCGCUUACUCGAUGACAUAGGUUCUUAUGAGUUUGAGACGAAGAGAGGUCAACUUGCCAUUGGGGUUGAAAGCUACAUGAAAGAAAAUGGUGUGACAAAAGAAGAAGCAAUGGCCAAAUUUAUGGAAUUAUGUACUAACGCAUGGAUAGAUACCAACGAGGAGAUGCUAAAGCCGUCUUGUUAUAAAUCUAGGGAUCUUCUUAUGUUUAUCCUCAAUUAUGACCGCGUAACAUAUGUUACUUACAAAGACAAAGAGGAUGGAUACACUCAACCAGAAAAGGUUUUGAAGCCUCAUAUCCUUGCCUUGUUGGUCGAUGCAUUUGAGGUUUAGUCAUUUUGAAUGGUAUGUAGCAGUCAAAAUAUAUGGUUGUACCAAAAUGGGAGUAUAUGUUAUGUAAUUCUAUUUUGUUCUUAUGUACUAUUGUUAUGCUAUGCUUCUUUGAUAGCAAUGAACUUAUGAUCAUGAAUUUGAAUUUCCUA